AGUUGCCAGUGGCUCAAAGCAUAGGGCCCGCAAUGUGACAGUGCACACCGGACCAUGUCAAGCUCUCCCAAAGCCCGACAGAAAUUCAUCAGCAAAAUCGAAUUGCUCCGAGUGUCUGUGGACCUUCACAGGCAAAUGAACGGCCGCGACCCCUCAAAAGGCGAGAAGGACGCAGCAGAGAAGGCUGCGUUGGAAGCUGCCUUUGAGGCCAUGCACGGGCAGGACGGCAGGCCAAGGGGCCGUGUGUUCUCCUUCAACAGCGGCAUGGGCGGGGUGCCCCCUGUCUCCACCCCCCCGGAGAAGGAGCGCAGCGAGGAGGAGGACACCUCGCCGGCCUUCGGCGCGCGCCGGGAGAAGCCACGGCCGCCCUCUGCGGGCUCGGUUGCUGCCCAGCGGUUCGCACGAAACGGUGGCUGGCAAAGCGGGGCCGAUCGCUCGCAAGGCCAGGGGCUAGGCCCCAUGUCCUUAGACGAGCGCAUGGCGAACCUGGAAGAGCUCCUGGCGAGGUGCCAUGAGUCACAGAUGAGGAGGCAGCAGGAGCUAGAGGUCAGCAUCAGCGAUCGCUGUGGUGUCAUGGUCCAAGAGGUUUUGCAGUCGAUGAUUCCUCAGAUGGUGGAAAGCUUCCUGGACCGCAUGGCGCAAUCCCUGGAUUUCAGCGAGCUGCGAGAUCAGCUCAUCGAAGCCUUUCACGCCUCGACUGAGCUCCUGCCCCUCGUGGAGGAGAGAUCUGAAGCGAUCCUGUCCUGUGUUCAGGACGAGUCAAUGGUGAGGAAUCGCAUGGCGCAGGAGGUUUCACGUGUUGCCUCCAAUGUGGAUACCCUAGCCUCGUCUCUCAACUGGCAAGGGCCCUUCUUGGAGAGGCUAGAGGAGCUGCAGCAGUCGCUAGAGGCAAUGGGCCGAACUCGGUCCGAGUUGAGCCCGGAUGCAGCCUGGGCCUCCUUGCGUCCUGAAGACGGCAAAGGCGUGAAACUCCCAGCGAGUCAAAGACGGCCUCAAGAGGAGGCCCGGCCGAGCGCUGCUCCGCGACCCGGGACAGCUGAAAGAGUUCGAAGAGUGAAGGCCUCGCCCGUGAGCGUGGUGAGUGAUCCGGGCUGGUAUUCGACUCCUGCACGUACCUCACAAGUCCCUACGCGAAGACCACCCCCGGCAGCCACCCCUUCUACCACUGAAAGUGACGGUUGGUACGGGAAGGCCGCGACAAACGGCAAGUGUGCAAGCGGCGUUUGCAGAUCUGAAGUUCUGAAGUCGUGUCAUGCUCGUGACCAACGAUUGGCCGUGGCAGCCAAAGCCUGAGCCGGAGGAGGUCAAGGCGAAGGAGGAGCCUGCACCAUCAUUGGCGGCGGCAGUGGUACACUCCAGGUCGAAGCCUUCAGAUUUCUUUGCCCGCAGGGCAGAAGGCAGCCGCUAAUCGAAGCCUCGGCUUCAGUGUUUCACGGCUGAGCUCAAAGGUGCAGCCAGGCCACGACUCCACGAGCCAAGUUCCCGCA